AUCGGUAUAAAGUGAGGACGCUUCGACGACUCUUCACUCGUCGCAGAGUUUCCGAUUCGAUCACCCAAGCUCCAACAUGUUCAAGUUAGCGUGCAUCGUCCUCUCAGUGGUCGCCAUGGCGUCCGCCGGUUUGAUACCAGCGGCUCCAUUCGUAGCAGCCCCAGCGCCACUGGCAUCGGCACCGCUCGCCGCGAUCCCAGCACCAAUAGUAACUGCCAGGAGCAGCCAGGUCGUCGCCAGGAACUACAACACCUUCGCCGCCGCUCCGCUCGCGGCUGUGCACGCCGCGGUACCUGCAGCUGUACCGGCCGCGCCGCUCACUUUCGCCGCAGCGCCCGCUGCACCGUACACGCUCGCGGCUGCAGCCGCGCCGCUGCCCUACGCUCCCUACAUUCUGCCUUAAACGACAAUUCUUCCUGCGCAUUUGGCUCUCCUGUUUAUCUCUGU